AUGUUUAUUACAGUUCUUACCGUUUUAUUGUUAGCUAAAUUUGGCGUUUCUACACCCUAUACCAAUUGUGGUUCAAAACUGGGAUUACUGAAAUCAGCGAAAAUAUUUGAUUGUGACGAUAAUCAAGAGCACGGAUGUUAUGUGAAGACGGGCACUAAGCAAAACGUAGAAAUCAGUUUCAAACUAUAUGACCCGAUAAAGGAAUUGACAUCAGUUGUAUUAGGAACAGUGUACACUAUUGCGGAUUCCAUUACAGCACCAUUGCCUAUGGAAAAUAACAAUGCGUGUAAAGAUAGUGGCUUAAGUUGUCCACUGGAUAAAAAUAAACCUUAUACCUACAAAACCACUAUUGAAAUACCGAGGAAUACUUAUCAAACAUUAUUAAAGCUGGAAUGGAAAUUAAAAGAUGAGUCAAAUACCACAGCCAUUUGCGUUAGCCUUAAGGCGAAUUUAACAUAA